AUGAAGCAAUGGGUGACACUGAUGGAUGGAAUCGAUGGAUUCCACAUACAAGAAGUUCCGGAGCCUGUCGACCUCAAAGAAGAUGAGGUCCUUGUCAGGAUCAAUGCGGUAGCUGUCAACCACAGAGAUGUCAAAAUCAUUAAUGGUGAUUUCAAAGGACGUUAUGCGGCUCCCGCCAGCCCGAUGGUGCCAACAUCAGACGCCAGUGGCACAAUCGUCAAAGUGGGCGGGCCGGUGUCAGCAACAAAAUGGCAAGAAGGGGAUCGCGUCCUCGGGCUUGUGCGCCCAACCCAUUUGACGGGCCCCACGCGUUCCGAACAUCAUGCUCUGGGCCUCGGAUUUCCUCAAUCGGGAGUCCUAGUUGAGUACCGGGUAUUUUCAGCCUCCGGUCUGGUACAGAUACCGCAUAAAUUGAGCUUCGAAGAGGCAGCAACACUUCCCAUUGCAGCUACUACUGCAUGGAUGGCAUUGAAUUGGAAUCGGCCCAUUGAUAAACCUGUACGAGGGCCUCAGACUACUGUGUUGUUGCAAGGUACUGGGGGUGUGACUAUCCACGCUUUGCAGCAAGCAACAGCGUUUGGAUUGACUACUAUUGUCACAUCUUCAUCGGAUGAAAAGCUGCUAAAAGCGCAAGAACUUGGGGCAACGUACACAGUCAACUACAAGAAAAUUCCGGACUGGGCGGAUGAGGUACUAAAACUGACCCAAGGAAAAGGCGCCGACAUUAUCGUCGAAACUGGAGGACCUGAAACUAUGCCGCAAAGCGUCCGAGCUGUAGCUGAAGGUGGGAUCAUCAGUGCUGUGGGCGUUCUGACAGGAAUGACCGAGGACAAGCCGCAGCCGGCGGUAGGACUGAGCUUGAUCAACCGGAACGCGGCACUGAAAGGGAUCAACAUCGGCCCCAGGGACCGUGUAGAAGAGAUGAUGAGGCUGUAUGAACAAAAGGAGAUACAUCCCAUUAUCGAUCGUGUUUUUGGGUUUGACGAGGCCAGGGACGCAAUAACAUACGUAAAAGAGGGAUCUCAUUUUGGCAAGGUGGUGAUCAGAGUCAACGAGGAUUAA